AGCUCGCGAAACCGCAGCAUUCAAGCGUCAGAUCGUAGACCGUAUGCCCACAUUGGAUACCGGCCAUUCUGCUUUUUGGAGAACGCACAGAUAUGGCCUCAUUACUGAUGCGCUUCUGACAAAUAGACAACAUGAAGACUCACCGAAACAUCUGCGAACAAUGUGGGAAGAAGUAAAUCAACCAAAUUCCGCCAUUUAUAAGAAAAUGAUAAGUGUUCGUCAGAAUUUUCAGAUGAAAGGUACCUUCCGAUGUUGAAGAUGGAAGCCGGUUAGCUCUUUCUGGUAGUGUAGUAGAAGCAGUCAGGGAUCAUCUAAACCAGCCCUCUAUGUGUUUGGUCAGAGGGUGGAAAAGCCAGGAUGAGCACUCCUAGUUUAGUCGUUUGGCGUGGUGCUACUGGAUGCUUCUGAUCAAUAGAACGGGAAGAGUAGGAAAAAAAGCUUAUGAUGAGCAUCUAUUUGAGUCGAUCAUUUCCAAGAUCUAAUUCCAGUUUAUUCUUAUGUAGUGGAAAGGCCUUACAAUCUGAAGUUUUACGCUUAGGGGAAGAAAUGUUCUUGGUGGAUGCAGGACCUGGGACCCCCAGAAUUUGUAUGCAAGAUGAGCCUACAGGAGUGCCAAUCAACCGAGCCACCAGGUUUGAGAAUAAGGUGGGAUCCCUGGAUCUAGUGGCCGGUGAAUCACUGAUCAAAAAGAAGAUUUUGGAGAGAUUAUUCAUCGAUCUAGUGGCCGGCGAAUCACUGAUCAAAGAGCGAGCAGCCGCCAGGUUUAAUGAUUUGGUGGGAUCCACAGAUGUAGUGGCUGGUGAACCGCUUCUUCUUCCACGAAGAUUCAGACAAAACCUAGCUUGGAUGGAACUGAACAAGAUUUGGCGAACGAAUACAAAGGUAAAAGGCUCUAUUCUUAAGAAAGUAAAAGGAGGUUAUUCAGUAGCCAUCGCGGGUUUCAUUACUUUUCUUCGAUUCCGUUCUCACAACAAAAGAAGAAGGAAAAAGAUAUCGAAUAAUCGAUUCACCAUUAAGAGCAUUAACCCCAAAAGGACGAAUAUUGUGGUGUUCUAACAGCGGCAGAUCAAACAAGAACUUUAUGAGCGAAAUCUGCUGACGAAAAUCUUUCCUUUUUUUUUCAAUUCCGAAGAGAAACCUAGCGUCU